UCACACUAGCUCUCACCACGAAAACCUCCAUCUCCAGGGCCGAAGAACACCGUGUGAGAUCACCAUCUCGAGAACGCUCCGAAGACACCACGAGCACGAGGACAAUGAAGGACGGCCCUCCGCACGUGGCAAUGCUGGCGACGCCGGGGAUGGGCCACCUGAUCCCGCUGGCGGAGCUGGCCAAGCGCCUCGCCGCGCGGCACGGCGCCACAGCCACGCUCCUCACCUUCGCGUCCACGGCGUCCGCCACGCAGCGCGCCUUCCUCGCCUCCCUCCCGCCCUGCGUGUCCAACGAGACGCUCCCGCCCGUCGACCUCUCCGACCUGCCCCACGACGCCCUCAUCGAGACGCUCAUGUCCGAGGAAUGCGCGCGCUCCCUCCCGGCCCUUUCCAACAUCCUCGCGGAGAUGAGGCGGACCACGCGGCUGAUGGCGUUCGUCACCGACCCCUUCGGCAUCGACACCUUCGACAUCGCGCGCGACGCCGGGAUGGUGGGGAGGAGGUGCCUCUUCUUCCCCGGCAGCCUCCACGCCCUCACUCUCAUGCUCCACCUCCCCGAGCUCGUCGUCUCCGUCCCCGGCGAGUUCCGGGACCUGGCCGAGCCGGUGCGGCUGCCGGGGUGCGUGCCGAUCCCGGGGCCAGACGUCAUCUCGCCGCUCCAGGACAGGUCGAGCCCGGCUUACAGUCUGAUGGUCCACCUCGCCGAGCGCUUCCUCGAAGCCGAUGCCAUCCUAGUGAACUCCUUCGACGCCGCCGAGCCGGAGGUCGCCGCGGUGCUUCGCCAGCCGAAGCCUGGCCGGCCGCCGGUGUAUCAUAUAGGUCCGCUAAUCCUGACAUCAUCAGAUAAUAUCACCAGUCAUGCCAGCGACACGGCGCCUCAACCACCUCGCGCGGCGUGCCUAGAGUGGCUCGACCGGCAGCCGGCCAGGUCAGUCAUCUUCGUCUCGUUCGGCUCCGGCGGCACUCUGCCGGCGGAGCAGAUGCGGGAGCUCGCGCUCGGUCUGGAGCUCAGUGGACAACACUUCCUGUGGGUGGUGCGGAGCCCGAGCGACGAUGGUUCGUUGAGCGGAAACUACUACGACUCCGAGAGCAAGAAGGAUCCCUUCGCGUACCUCCCCGAAGGGUUCGUCGAGAGGACGAAGGACGUGGGGCUCUUGCUACCCUCAUGGGCUCCGCAGAUAGAGGUGCUGGUCCACGAGGCCACGGGAGGGUUCUUGACGCACUGUGGCUGGAACUCCACGUUGGAGAGCCUUGUUCAUGGCGUGCCGAUGGUGGCGUGGCCGCUGUACGCCGAGCAGCGGCUGAACGCGGUGAUGCUGUCGGAGGGGGUUGGGGCGGCGAUACGGUUGCCUGAGAUGAAGGAGAAGGAGACGAUCGCAGUGGCGGUGAGGGAGCUGAUGGCUGGGGAAGGGAAGGGUGCUGCGGUUAGGGCGAAGGUGGCAGAGCUGAAGAAGGCUGCUGCGGAGGGCCUUCGUGAGGGUGGUGCUGCCACAACUGCACUAGACGAGGUGGUGAAGAAUUGGGUAGGAGAGAAUUAGUAAGUGCUCGAUCAAGUACGCGUUUCAAUCCUCUGCCAGUGUUUCUCCUCAUGUUUCUGUUUUAGUGUGCCACCGGUAAUGAAUAAUAAGAAGCAUAUAUAUGAAA